AUGGUGACUUUGAGGAAACAAUAUGUGGUGGCCAGACAAGUGUACUCUGAGGACAGCUUCGCUGAAGAUCAUGAGAAAAUCUGCAGGGUGCGCAAAACCAUCCUGGACCACGUGAAAGAGUACCUAACUUGUGAUUCAAAACGUGCCAAAAACGCAGUGCUCGCUCUUCUGCCCAUCAUUGGCUGGAUGAAGAUCUACAGAGUUAGAGAGUGGCUGCUAGGGGACGUGGUGUCUGGGAUCAGCACUGGACUGGUGGCUAUCAUGCAAGGACUUGCUUUCUCCCUGCUGGCCUCGCUGCCUCCCAGCUAUGGACUCUACACGGCUUUCUUCCCCGUGCUCACAUACUUUUUCCUUGGUACUUCAAGACACAUCUCUGUAGGCUCCUUCCCAGUCCUGAGCCUGAUGGUAGGUGCCGUGGUGACCCGUCUGGUCCCAGAGGACAGACCGCCAGCCAAUAUCACAGGCUUUGAGGGUCUGACUCAGGACCAGCAGAGAGUCCUGGUGGCCUCCUCUGUGACCUUCCUCAUGGGGAUUUUCCAGCUGGCGAUGGGUGUUCUGCAGGUGGGCUUUGUUGUCGUGUACCUGUCGGACACUCUGGUGUCCGGCUUCACCACAGCAGCUGCCAUCCACAUCCUGGUGUCCCAGCUCAAGUUUGUGUUGGGGCUGCAGGUCCCAGGCAUCAGCGGACCACUCGCCAUCAUAUAUACCCUGGAGAAGAUCUUUAUCCAGAUCACCUCCACCAACGUCUGUGACCUGGUUAUGUCCAUAGUGAUCAUGGUGGUGGUGUUCAUUGUGAAGGAGCUGAAUGACAGAUACAAAGCCAAACUGCCAGUGCCCAUCCCCAUAGAAGUUUUCAUGACUAUCAUAACUUGUGGGGUGUCCUACGGCUUCAGCUUUGAGACGAGAUAUGAUGUUGACGUUGUUGGCAAAAUGGUUAGUGGGUAUGAGUCUCCCAUUGCACCCAGUAUGGAGGUCUUCCAGGAAAGUGCCAUGGAGGCCUUUCCUAUAGCCAUAGUGGGGUUUGCUGUUGCCUUCUCCGUGGCCAAACUCUACUCGAUCAAACAUGAUUACACCAUUGAUGGUAACCAGGAGCUCAUUGCAUUUGGGGUUAGCAACAUAUUCGGCGCAAGCUUCAGGUCGUUUGCAGCCAGCACGGCGCUCUCCAGAACAGCCGUGCAAGAGAGCUCCGGAGGCAAAACGCAGGUAGCAGGGAUCAUCUCAGCCAUGAUGGCAAUGAUUGUAACUGUAGCGCUUGGGUUCCUGCUAGAGCCGCUCCCCAGGUCUGUCCUGGGUGCCUUGGUGAUCGUCAACCUGAAGGGCAUGCUGAUACAGUUCAGAGAAAUCCCGUACCUGUGGAGGAGGGACAAACCAGAAUGUGUGGUGUGGAUGGGAACAUGCCUGGGUGCCGUCCUGCUAGGCCUGGAUCUUGGUCUGGCGGUGGGCUUGGGGAUGGAGCUGCUCACUGUUGUCUUCAGGACUCAGUUUCCCCGCUGUUCUGUCUUGGCUAACAUCCCAGGGACUGACCUCUACAGGGAUCACAAAGAUUACCUGCAUAUAUUCGAACCAAAGGGAGUAAAAAUCUUCAGGAUACCCUCCCCUAUCUUCUUUGCCAAUAUAGAGUUCUUCAGGGACAAGCUUGUAGAGGCUGUUGGAUUUAACCCCUUGAGAAUUCUGAGGAAGAGGAACAAGGCUCUCGGGAAAAUCAAUAAACUGCUUCAGGAAAAGGAUGGUCACAUCACAGAGAGAGGAUUGGCAGAUUUAUUUUGCCAAACAACAGAUAAAUCCUGCAUAAACGUGGAGGAGCUGGACCUGCCGACUGACCUCAAGGGCCUUCCUUUCCGGAUGGACUGGAAAAUCGAGCUUCCCACUAACAUCAGUGUUCCCAGAGUGGACCUCCACAGCCUGAUCCUGGACUUCUCUGCUGUUUCCUUCCUGGACAUCUCUGCUCUGAAGGGACUCAAAACGGCACUAAAGGAUUUCAUCCGAGUUGGUGUGGAUGUUUACAUCGUGUCAUGUGAUGCUUACAUCCUGGAGAAACUACACAUCUUUAUGUUCUUCGAUGACGACAUUGUGACCUCCAUGUUCUUCCCGACCCUUCAUGAUGCCAUGCUGCAAGUGCUUGAAAAACACAAGGAGGACAAAAGUCAAGGCUCACUGUUAGCAGAUACCAAACUCUAGAAGAGCAACUGUCUCCAGGAACAUCCAUUCAGAAGGAGGAGCGUUUGGCUUCAGACUGCAAUGAAACGC